AUGAAUAAUCUAAAAUACGGGAAGUCAAACUUAAAAUAGGAAGUUGAGAUUAUAGCUAAUUUUUAAUAAAUUAUAUAGAAUCAAACCAUAAAUAAUUAAAAUAUUUAAUUAGGAGGGGGAGGACAAACUUAGAUGACAUCCCAAACUUAAUUCGAAUCUGUAAAAGUAGAAUAAAAGGAGAAUGAGCAAGAUUUUUUCAAAUAAGAUAUUUUCUAAUAUUUGUAGUUUUAAUCUUCUCUUUUAAAAAAUUUAUUAUCAAAUAAAAUAGAAGAUGAUUAGAUCAAAUAAUUAAAUAAAAUCAUAUAAUGGUUUCUAUCUAAAGGAUAAGAUUUUAUUGAAAUAUCUAGUCAGAAUAAGCUAGAUUAAAGAUAACUACAGAUUAUUCAAGAAGCUAUUCAAUAUCUUUUAAAAAGUACUAUUUAUACACCAACUCUAAUGCUAUCAUUUAGCUUGAUUUAAUUGGCUUAAAAUUUAUUUCAUGUUCUCUACUAGCAAGCUAGAAUCUAUGAUUAUAAAGAAAUAUUAUCAUAUUAUUCAAAAAGUUAUAAUGAUGACUUAUAAUAAAUAGAGGAAAAAUUUUAAAACUUAUAGGGGUUAAAGGAAAUCUUUGAUGAUAAAUGUAAUUUGAUGAGGAUUUAAAUUUAGUAUUUAAGAAAUAAUGAAAGAUCAAAUUUAUAAGCCUUUUCUUUUAUUUUUCAAUAAAACAAAUAUGAAAACUAAAAUGAAGUGAUAUUUGAAUUGUUAGAGGAUGCCAAAAGUUUAUUUAAGGAAGAAUAAAAUGAUAUGCAAAAACACCAUGUUAAUUAUUUUUUUUAAUCAUUGAAGUGGACCAUAAUAAAAAUGAUUAUAAAUCACAAAAAUGUAUCUAUUGAUGAACUUGUUAAUUAAUUAAGCAAAGGAUAUCAUUCUAUAAUUUAAAAUUAAUAACAAAGAGUAAUUUUUGAAUUUUUCUUAAUGCUACUUGAUUUAAUUUUGUUUAAUAAUUGUAAUGGAAAUAAUGAUAAAUUUAAUUAAUUAUCAAUGUAACUUGGGUAUUUAUAUUUUUAGGAUAAGAAAAACAUUUGGGAAGAUUUUUUAUAGACUAAAUGUGAUAGGCAGAUGAAAUGUUAUUUGGCAUUUUAUUUUACUUUGAUUGUAAAAAAAUCACAUCAUCAAUAAUAAAAAAUUGUAUCCGCUUUUUAAUCGUAUAUUAAAUUGAUUUAGAAUUCAGAAUAAAAUAUAAUUUUUUUAGAAGAGAAUAAUUUAGAUAAUUUAGUAAUUCACAUUAUAGAUAAAAAUCAAAAAGAAGAUAAAAAAAAAUAUUAUAUUAAAUAAAUGAGAGAAAAAAAAGAAAUAAUUUAAAAACGGUAUAGGAACAAGAUCCAAAACAAUUUUAAUUCAAUAAAUAUAAAAGUUAUAUCUGAGUAAAAUAAAGUUGCUCUAUUAUUUGAUGAAUUUGAUAUUGAUUUUACUUAUUAAAAUGAUGAACAAUAGUCUGUAAUUUUUGAUUUUCUCUGGAAUAACAAAAAUAAAAGUGAUGUUCUUUUGAUUAAAGGCAAAGCAGGAUCAGGUAAGACAACUAGUUUAAAAAGGCUUGAAUUUUUUUUAUGGAAUCUGUAUGAUUCGAAAUCUGAUAAAAAAUAAUGGAUUCCUUUAUAUGUUGAAUUAAGUAAUAUAGAAGAUCCUCACUUUGAAAUCUGGAAAAAAACUUUAAAACAGAUUUUUGACUUUAACAAAGAGGAGAGGAGAUGUUUUCAAAAGGAUAUAGAAGAUGGCAAAUUACAUAUUGUUCUAUUAUUUGAUGGGUAUGAUGAAUUGAAAACAGAUUAACAGAAAAUUAAUUUAAUUAAAAAAAACAAAAUCUUCCUAAAUCAAUUAGGUAAAAAUGUAAAGGUGAUUAUAACCACAAGAAUAGAAACUUUAAAUUAAAAGGGAUAUUAGGUAUUGUUUAAAGGGGAAAAAAAUUUGACUGAUGUUUAAAUAAUUGAUUUCGAAGAUAAUUAAAUAUAGCAAUAUCUUGAAUAAUACUGUAUUAAAGCAUUCAGAAAAGAAAUUUAUGACUUUUAUGAGAAAAUUUAUAUAGAUGAUUAAUUAAAUUUUGUAUUCAAAAAUGAUGAAAUGGAAGAAAUUUUCCAGUAUAUUUGGAAAAUUUUUUUUUAUGAAGAUCUAUAAAAAAUUGUAAAAAAUUCCAAAAAAUCUUAAAGUUUUUUAAUGUGUAAUGAAGACUUUUCAAAAAUGAUUAACAAAUUAAUAACCAUAUUAGAAUGUGAACAUUUAUAGCCAUAAAGAUUGUAGGAAUUUUAAGACCGUUUUAAAAAAUUAUAAAAUCAAAGUUAACUAAUGGAAAUACUAGAAAAAUAUCAAAUCAAAGAAUUGAUUUAGACUCCUUAUGCCUUCAAAAUUAUACUUAAAGUCUUAGAGAAUAAGUAUAAGUUCGAAAAAGUUAAAGAAACUCGAAAAAUUAAGUUUGAAUCGAUGCUUGAAAUAGUAAUGAAUGAAUAAAUUAUAUAUAAUGAUUAGGCUGAGCAAGAUGAAUAUUCUUAAAAUCUGAUGGAUAAAUUAGAUGAAGUCGAAUUUUUUGAAAGCUUUAAAAUUGAGAGUUUAGUUAAAGAAAAUAAUAAAUUUUCAGAUACAGAUUUAGUUAUAAUAGAUUAAGCAUUAGAAUUAUCAAAGUUUACAUUAUACUAAAUUUACAAAUUAUACAUAGAUUAACAUCAUAAGAAGUAAGAAAAAAAAAUAAAUAAUUGUGCAAACUAUACAAUAGAAGUAAAAGAUUUUAUAGGGUAAAUUAAUAAUUUUGAAAUGGAGUUAGCUGUUAACAUGAGUAAGGAAGAUAUAAUUCAUUUAAAUGUAAAAAAGCUAGUAAAAAAUUUUUUUAAAUAGAACUAUUUUGAAGAAGUUAAAUAUGAUCCUUUAAUUAAAUGUGCUUUAAUUAAGCUUGAUAAUAAUAUUGUAGCUUUUUAACAUAAAUCGAUUUAGGAUUUUUUUGUUGGAAAAUAUAUUAUGAAGUUCUUUAAGGAUUUCAAUAGAUCAGUUGAAGAAAAUAUUGAAAGUAGCAUAUAUAAUUAAAAUAAUUUUAAUUUAUCACAUUAACAAUUCGAAGCUGCGCUAGAUUUUAUAAAAAAUGAUUUAAAAAAUUUAUAAAACAUAAAAACAAACUUAAUAUAUGUUGUGGAACUUUCGAAAUAGGGCAAAUGUAUAAGAGCAGCAUCUAAUAGUAUUUUUUUAAUCAAUUAUUUGAAACUUGAUCUAAUUGGUUAAAAUUUAAGUGGAAUUUAAUUAGAGGAUACUAAUGUUUCUGGACUUAAUUUCUUUGGUAGUAAUUUAGAUGGAUCAAGGUUUGAAGAAGUUAAAAUUUAGUAUUGUAACUUUAAUAAUACCAGUUUAAAAGAUGUUGAAUGGUUAAAUACACCUUGGAAUCAUGUUGAAAUAUUGAAAGGCGAAAAAGGAGUAGAGAUAGUUGAUUUUAUAAUUUCUCCAGAUAAUAGAUUUUUAAUUACUUGUGGAAGAUGUUCACUUUUAAUAUGGAAUCUAGAAAUUAAUGGUAAAAUUAAAAAUCUAACAUUUCCAAUGAAUAUAAAUACUUGUGUUUUUUCAUCAGAUUCAUCAAAAUUUUUAAUAAGUUUAUAGGGUUUUAUUUAGAUUUACUUAAUUGAUAGAUAGGAUAUAAAAUUACUUCUAUUUACACCUUAUCAAAAUGGCUUAAAAUUUACUUUCUACAAUAAUGAAGAUAAAAUUAUAUGUACAGAAAUGAACUAAAUUUAGGUAAAUUAUUAUACCCAAAAUGAACAAUUCCCCUUUUAAUCAUUUCCGAUGUAUUUUUAGAAUCUAGCAAUUUUAGAUUUUAACUAAGAAUCAGAGAAAUGGACUGAAGAUAUUCUAUUUCGUAAAUAGUUUACAGCCUUUUAGCUUAAAAAAAAUGGUGAUAUCUUAUUAGGAAAAGAAGAUGGAUCCAUAUCAGAAUUAACAAUUCAAAAUAAAUAAGAAAAAUGUAUCUCUUAAUUUAUUCAUAAAAGUUAAAUAUCUUAACUUUAAGAGACUUAAUUUGAAUUUCUAAAAGAGCUUGGUUAGAUAAAUAAACUCACCAUUAUCAUUUCAACUAGUAAAGAUCUAGUAAAUAUUUUUUGGUAUAAUUCCAAAUCUUAGACAUAUCAAAAAGUUAAUUCCUUGCCUUCUUCUCAGAUAAAUGGUUAAUUACCAAGAUAUUUAAGUUUUAACAUUAAGGAUUUAAUUUUAAUCAUAAAAGAUCAUAUUGUUUUCUAUGAUAAAAGCAAGAUUAUCGAGCUAAAACAAGAUAAAAUUUUUGAAGAAUCAAAUUGUAUAAUUUAAUAAGAUUUGAAGAGUUAAUAACAUUUGAAUUUUAUAAUUUAAAAUAAUCUUGAAUUCGACGAACCCAUUUUUGUUGCUAAGAAUAAUUGUAUCGAAAUUUAUAACAAUAACGAAACUUUAGAUCGGCUACAGAGAAAAGAUUUAACAUCUUAAUAAAUAUUAUCUAUGAAAUUUUGCGUUGAUGAUUGUCUAAUAACUUACAACAAAGAUGAAACAAUUAGAUUUUUUAUUUAUCAAAAUUCUUAACUCUAUGAAAUAAAAGAUUUUAUCAAAGGAUAAGUGAAAAAUCUAUCAUCAACUUUUGUAGAAAAAAACUAUCAAUAAAGAAUUCUAAAAAUUGUAGUAUAAACUCAAAAGAAUGAGUUAACAAUUUAUUAAGUCUAAAUUUUACAAUUUAAAAUAAUAAGUUAAGAUUAAAUAAUUUAAGACAAAGAUUCAAAAAUAAGUUAUUUUUUAUUUUCAUAAGAUGGAAAUAUUAUUUACUUAUCCAUAGAUAAUAAAAUUUAUUCUAUUAUAAUUUAAAACAAAUAAUAAGAAUAAUUUUAACUUAAACAUGAAUAAGAAAUAUAGUCAAUGUAUUUAUCAAAUACUAAUAAAUUUCUUAUUUCUUAUAGCUUAGAUAAUGUUAUUUUCAUUUGGGACAUUGGAUAAAAAUAAGUAAUUCAUUAAUUAAGAGAUAAAAAAAUUGUUGAUCUCUUAUUUAAAACCGAUAAUGAAUUCAUAUUAAAGACUUAAAACUCAAUUAUCUGGUAUAAUAUUAAUAUAUUUGAUGAUAAAAACCUCUUAAAAAUUAAGAAAUAUUAUGAAUUAGAAGAAAAUCUUGAAAAUAAUAAUUAACAACAAAGCAUUAAUCUAAUUAAAAUUUAGGAUGCAGCCAAAUGUUAAAAGAAUACUAUUGAAUUUGAAGAGUAUUAUGAUUAAAAUUUACAAUCAUGGAAAUCUAGAUAAGUUUAAUAAAAUAUUUAUUCUGAAUUCAUUACAAUAAAAAAAGGAAACAAUAUGAUAUUAAAACAUCUUAUUGAAGGUGAUUAGACAAAAGUUUUAAUGUUGGAUGAAGAAAUGUAGGAAAUUGUUUUUAUUAACAAAGAUAUUAUAAUAUCAAAAAUGAAUGGAAAUAUUUUAAAUAUUGUAUUUACAAAUAAGAUGGAAACAGAAGAAGAAUUAUAAUUUAAUUCUUUUGUAAUAAAAGAAGAGGAGAAAAGUUCUUAUACAAUUAUUGCAACUUAAUUAAAUUAGAAUAUUUAAUUAAAUAAAAUAAAUAACAAUAAAUAAUGGUACACUACAAGUAUAGAUACAGAGGCUGAAGAUAUUUAAACCUUUUUAGCAAUAUCUAAUAAUUGCGAUUAUUUAGCAUAAGCAAUUCAACAAAAGAUAAAUAUUUAUUUAAUCAAAUACUUUGACUUUCCAAUUAAGUUAUCAACGAUCAAUAUUGAUUAUGAAGUGAAAUAGAUUGAUAUAUCAAAUUGUUACAAAAUUUACGUGUAAAGUUAGGAUUUUCUAUAUAAAUAUUAAAAUUUAGAGUAAAUAACUAAGAUUCAAUCUAAUCUUCAGUGUGAACCAAAUAAAAUUCAUUUAAAUUAUAACAAUAAAUUGUUAGCUAUCUAAUUAAAGAAUUGUGUACAAUUUUAUGACAUUUCUGAUUAGAAGUUUUAAUAACUUUAAAUAUUAGCUGAUUGCUUUUCUUCUUCUAUUGAUAAUAAAAGUUUUGCAAUAAGCAAUAAAGAUUGCGUAUAAUACUAUGAUUUUGAUUGGAAAGGUUUGAAUAAUUAUUUAUCUGUAUUUGAAAUUGGAAAAGAUUAGAUAAUAGCAAACCUUUUCUUAGUUUAAGAUCCAAAUAAAAUUUUUGUUCUUACUCCAAAUGAUAUUUAAAUAUGGAAAAGAAGUGAAAAAAAACUACUUUCCAUCGUUGAUAUCAAAAAUAACAAAACAAAAGUAUUAUCAAAUGAAAAAAUAGCAUAAAUAGAUAUAUAAAGGAUAAUUAUUGGUUAAAAAAAUAUAAGUGCUAAAUUAUAUAAUAGGGAAGAAUAUGGGUUUAAAGCUUGUAAUCUAUCAUUUAGUUGGGAUGGUAAAUACAUUUUAUAUUAUAAAAAUAAUAAUCAUCUAGUAUUUCAAAACUUAAACAACCCCUAAUUUGAAUAUACUAUUAAAGAAUUGGAAGGUUAAAGUAAUAUAUCAUUUAGUGCCUAAAGCAAGUACUUAAUAAACUUUAGUUCAGAGGAAAAAGUAAUAGAAUACAGUGAAGUUAAAUUUUUAAAUUUAAUUAAUGGGUAAACAGUUUUUGAAAAUUACUUAAAUGUUUGGGAUGCAAAAAUAUUAAGUAAAAUAAAAUCUAUUGUUAAAAUUCCGAUUCUCAAAAAAUAAAGAAAAAUACAGUUUUAUAAAGAAUCUUUUAUUUCAAUGAUAAACAGCUAAACUAUAUGUGUAUAUGAUAUUGAAGAACUAAUAAAAGAUUGUUAUGAUAAAUUGCUUAUAGAUUGUUCAAAAAAUAUCAAUUGGUUUGGAAUGAAUAAAAAUGAAACUAAAUUUAUUACUGUAACUCUUUAAAAUUAAAUCACAAUCUUUGAUCUAAAAACUAAAAAAUAAUUAUAAAUUUUUCAUCCUCGUUGUUAAUAAAUUUUUUGGUUAGAAUUUACAGAAGAUGAAAAAUUUAUGGUUUUGAGAGAUACUGCAGAUAAAUUAAUUCUAUGGAAUUUACUUGAGAAUUGUGAAUAAUUAGAAAUUUAAGAUAAUUUAAAUUUAAUUGGUAGUGCAAUUGGUAAAGAAAAAAGCAUGUGUUACUUUGUGAAACUUGAGAAUUCAUUAGGAAUAACAUGUUAAAAAUAAAAUUAAAUUGUGGUUUAUGAUCUGAAAGAUUUCAAAAGCUAUUAAUUGUUUAUGAGUAUUCGUGCAGAAUAAAGCGAGGAAAUAAUAAGGCAUUAUGUUUAUUCAAACAACAGUAAAAUUGGCACAAUUUCAGUAAAACAGAACAAAAAGGAUUAUUUUAUAAGUAUAUGGAAUCUAAAAACGAAAUAAAAGAUUGAGGCAUUUAAUAUAUCUUAGCUAAAAUGGUUUUUUGGCUCACCUAAUAGUGAUAAUUAUUAUAUUAAAGAGAUUCCAAAACAAUAUAGUUUUGGAAUUACUCAUGAUAAUAAAUUUGUACAUCGAUAUUCAAGUGAGGAACAUAUUAUAGAAAUGCAUGAAUUUAGCAAUUAUGAAAAAAAUUAGCCAAUUCUUAAUAUUUUUAUGAAGAUUUAGGAAGCUUAAUUAAAUUCUAAUGAGUCAAAAUUAUAAGUAAAUAACAUUGGAAAUAAGUACAUUACAUACCAUUACAACUUUUAAAUAAGAAUUAUCGAUUUAGAGCUUUAUAAGAAAUAAGUAAAAGUGAUAAGGUUAGAAAAAUUCUAAGAUUUCUUGGAUUAUUAAUAUCAUAAGGAUUAUUUGCUUUAUAAAGAGAAAAAAGAUAAAAAAUACAAUUUGAAAUUAUUGGACUAUAGGAAUGGUUAAUAAUUUGAUCUGUUUGAUAACAUUUGUGAUAAAUUUAUAGUAGCUUUUUCGAAUGAUGGCCAAUAUUUUGCUUAGGGUUGGGAUAAUGGAUUAAUAAAAAUUUAUGAGUAUAAAAUUAAAAAUGACAAAAAUAUUGAUUUUGUUCCAAAAGAUAGUUGGAUGAGUCAAAUAAAGAAAAAAAUAGAAUUGAUUAAAUAUACUUCAAAUGAUAAAAUACUUAUUAGUAGUUAAGAUAGCGAAUUAGCGUUUUGGAAUGUUAGUCAUUUUAAAGAUAGAUAAAGAGCAAUAUAAUAUAUGAAAAUUGACUUCAAAAUUAUAUCUAUAGCUAUUUCUCCUAAUGGAUCUGAUAUUGCAUUAAAUUUAGAAAGCAAUAUGGUAUAGAUUUUAACAGUUGAUGAAUCAAAGUGUAAUGCUGAAAAUUAGAAUUCCUAAAAUUAAGUAUUAUAAUAAUAUUUUUCUAGUAUAUUGGCUGUUAUAAAUCAUUACCAAAGUUAGAAGAAUUAAUGACCCAGCAUUGCAUAGUCACAGAAAAUUCAAAAUUUUAAGAUUAAAAUCAGAAAUAAUUAAAGCAUCUAUUCUAAUCAGAAAUAUAAUAUGAUGACGAGUGAUAUUAAUGAAAUAUAUAUUCAAAAUAAAAUCAGC